AUGGACAACCAACAAAAUCGGCCUCACCGGGCCUCAAAAGAGAAAAAACCACCUCAAAAAGGGCAAAAGAACCCAAAAGCAUUUGCAGUCUCAAACCCAGGCAAGCUCGCCAAACAAGCCGUUCGCUCAUCCGACAUCCGCGAAAAACGUCUUCAUGUCCCUCAGGUCGAUCGACUGCCGGAAGAGGCUCCCCCGAUAGUCACUGCCGUGGUCGGACCGCCAGGUGUGGGAAAGACGACGCUGAUAAAGAGCUUGAUUAAGCGCUAUAGCAAGCAGACGCUGUCGCAUCCCGUUGGGCCACUGACCGUAGUAACGAGCAAGAGAAGGCGACUUACGUUCAUGGAAUGUCCGAGUGAUAGUCUCGCUGCCAUGCUGGACGUGGCGAAGAUCGCGGAUAUCGUACUGCUGAUGAUUGAUGGGAAUUAUGGCUUUGAGAUGGAGACUAUGGAGUUCUUGAACGCAUUGGGAACACAUGGCAUGCCUGGAAAUGUGUUUGGGAUCUUGACGCAUCUGGAUCUAUUCAAGAAGCAGAGUACGCUUGCUGCUGCUAAGAAGAGGCUGAAACAUCGGUUCUGGAGUGAGCUGUACCAGGGUGCGAAACUGUUCUAUUUGAGUGGAGUUAUUAAUGGUCGGUACCCAGACCGGGAGAUACAUAACCUGUCGAGGUUUUUGUCUGUAAUGAAGAAUCCACGACCUUUGGUGUGGCGGAACAGCCAUCCUUAUGUUCUUGCUGAUCGGUUCUUGGAUGUGACGCCUCCUACACAAAUUGAAGAGAACGAGAAAUGUGAUCGGCAGAUCGCGCUGUAUGGGUAUCUGAGAGGAACUAACUUUCCUGCGAUGGAUGCACGUGUUCACAUACCAGGUGUGGGAGACCUGACCGUGAAGGAAAUCGAACCACUUCCUGACCCAUGUCCGACACCGUACUUGGAUCAAGCUAUGCAAAAAGCGAGUGGAAAAGCGAGCAGGAGGCGGCUAGGAGAGAAGCAGAAAGUGCUGUUUGCACCUAUGUCUGACGUGGGAGGCGUGCUCGUUGAUAAAGAUGCAGUGUAUAUUGAUGUGAAAACGGCUACGUUCGAUGCCGAUGCUGAGGAUGGAGAAGAUCGUGGGCUCGGUGAGCAGCUAAUGGUUAACCUGCAAGGGGAGAGGAGAUUGCUUGGUCAUGCGGAGGGUGGAGUGAGACUGUUCAAGGAUAGUAAUUCACUUGCCCGAACUUCGACUGAUGCAGGGAGGAAAGUCAAGCGUACUGUAUCUGAUGCUGUCGAUCAACACAUCGAGGAAGAUGAAGGCUUUUUUGAUGGCGAAACGGAUGGUGAUGAUGAAAGUGAGGGAGACGACAUCAAUGAAUAUCCCGAGCACGAAGGAUUACCUGGUUUUGCAGCAGAAGCGGAAGAAGUCGAUGGCAGUGAAGAUCUUGUCUUUGCUGACAGCGACUCCGAUAUGGGCUCUGAUGCAGACGCAGAAGAAGGUCUUGACAGGUCCUUAGACGAUCUUGAAGACGAGGACGAGGACGAUGGUGGCCUGAGAUGGAAAGACAAAAUGCUCGAAAAUGCUGCUCAGUACCAUUCUAAAUCGGUUGCUUACCGCACCAGCGAUUUAGCCAAGCUGAUGUACGACCUCACCCUGACACCGAAAGAAGUAGUACAGAAGUGGUCCGGCCAGAGCACAUUCGAAGAGGCUGAGGAACCUACGGAGCCUGAGGACGACUUUUUCAGAAAGACAAACAUCGAGAAGGCUGAAAACGACGAGGAUCGGCUGAUACCGCGCUACAACCACCAGGAUUUGGCUGAAAAGUGGCAAGACGAGGAGAACAUUCGAGCGCUCAAAUCACGAUUUACUAAAGACUCUGAUGUCACGGGCGCAAAUGCUCUCCAUCAGGCAGACUCAGAUGCUGACUACGAUGAAGACGACGACGACGGUGAAGCCGAGGAUUCGGAGGGUGACGGUGACUUCGUCGAUCUUGAAGCCAACCCAGAUGACGAGCCCGAGGAUACACCAGUUGGUCAAUCUGAGCUCACAUUAGAGGAGGAACGAGACAAAAACGCCAAACGCAAAGAAGAGCUUCGUCUUCGAUUCGAGGAGGAAGAUCGAGAGGGGUUUGCCAAUCCUAAGGCCCAAGCUAAUGGCAACGCCGAAGAGGAAUUUGGCGAGGACGACUGGUAUGACGCCCAGAAAGCAAUGCUGCAGAAACAAGUCGGCAUAAAUCGUGCUGAAUUCGACGCAUUGGAUCCUCAGUCUCGGGCUCGGGCAGAAGGGUUCAAGGCUGGCACAUAUGCACGCAUUGUACUUGACAAUGUGCCAUUCGAGUUCUCCAAGGCAUUCAACCCUCGCUAUCCAGUCAUCAUUGGUGGUCUGGCUCCCACGGAAGAGCGCUUCGGCUAUGUCCAGAUCAGAAUCAAGCGACAUAGAUGGCACAAGAAGAUAUUGAAAACCAACGAUCCACUAAUUUUCAGUCUUGGCUGGAGGAGGUUUCAGGCCACGCCUCUCUACUCGAUCUCUGACUCUCGCACGAGAAACAGGAUGUUGAAAUAUACACCUGAGCACAUGCAUUGUUUCGGCACGUUCUGGGGACCCCUCGUCGCGCCGAAUACUGGCUUCUGCUGUGUUCAAUCGUUCUCUAGCUCGAACCCUGGAUUCAGGUUGGCAGCAACAGGUGUCGUGCUCAACGUCGAUGAGACCACGGAGAUCGUCAAGAAGCUCAAACUGACGGGACAUCCUUACAAGAUCUUCCGCAAUACUGCGUUCAUCAAGGACAUGUUCAAUUCUGCCAUUGAGAUCGCCAAAUUCGAGGGAGCCAGUAUCAAGACUGUUUCGGGCAUCCGAGGUCAAAUCAAGCGAGCAUUGGCCAAGCCUGAAGGACACUUCCGAGCCACGUUCGAGGACAAAAUCUUGAUGUCGGAUAUUGUGUUCCUCAGGGCCUGGUUUCCUGUUAAACCACAUCGAUUCUACAAUCCAGUAACGAACCUGCUUGAUGCGGCGCUAGAUGGCGGACAGAACGCCUGGCAAGCUCCCCAGCUACGCGACUCGCGUUACAGCAAAAUCGAGCGGCCAACUCGGCAUUUCAACCCUCUAAGAGUUCCUCGACAACUAGCGACGAAUCUGCCAUUCAAGUCUCAGAUCGUGCAGACCAAGGCACGAAAGGCUGGACCGACGUACCUACAAAAACGAGCUGUCGUGCUUGGCGGCGAAGAGCGCAAGGCCAGGGAUUUGAUGCAGAAGUUGAUGACACUGCGAAAUGAAAAGGUUGAGAAGAGAGCCAAGAAGCAGGAAGAGCGUAGAGAAGUGUAUAGAAAGAAGGUCACGGAGAAUCUUGAAAAGAGAGGGGAAAGAGAGAGGAAGGAACGAGACGACUUCUGGGCUAAAGAAGGACGGAAGAGGCAGGCUGGUGCUGAAGGCGGAGGCGGUGGAAAGAGGAGGAAGAGAUGA